AUGACCCAUUACAGUGACUAUUAUUUCACCUCAAAUUUGACCAGCUAUACAUGCCCAACAUUCAACAAUCAUCAAUGCCGGCCCCCGAAUGCAUGUGCUCGCGAGCCUGCGACAGGGAAACUAUACUGCUGCGACUACAAUGAUGGUCUUGGUAAUGUAUGUUGGUCAAUAACUUCCGAAUGCGCCAAUAACAACAGCACGCGUUUCUGUGGCACCGGAGAUCACACAUGGUGCUGUCUUUAUGAAACAGAGUCGUGUACCGAGGCAGACAAACAGCUAAAUAUCUGUUGGAAUAACGAACGCAGCCCGCUCGGGAACAUAAGCAGCCAAGUGCUGGAGGACACAUACUCCUCCUUGAGCGCUGAAGCCCCGUCCGCGACCACCUGGGCUUUUGAUCCGCAGUCAUUGAUUCCUGCUACCUCGACAUCUACCCCGAGCACAACAAAUGCCGAGACUACCUCCACACAAAGGCCCAGUUCCUCUUCCGCUUCCCUAUCCGGUGGUGCCAUUGCUGGCAUCGUGGUCGGUGUCGUAGCGAUGGUCGCAAUCGUAGUGGGAGGGGGCGUAUACCUACUCAAACGGCAUCGCCGGCAACAGAAUCCCAUCCCUGGAUCAUCCCCUGCGGAGUUACUCGCUCAUAGGGAACCACCAAUGGGACAACUUUAUGAAGCCGAUGGCAAGGCAGUAAACUUGCUAAAGCCUGCCCAGGAAUUACCAGCACAUAAUCAGGAAUAA